UCAUACACUUUUGCUCUUAUAUUAAUUAGCCACGAGUGAAUCAGUGAUUAGCCUUCAGUCAAACUAAUUAAGCCAUGAACAAAUUCCACGUUUUCCUCAUCUGUACUCCCGAAAUGGGCAAUCUCAUCCCACUCGUUCAGUUCGCCCGUCUAUUAACAACUCGUGACCCUCGAUUUUCCGCCACCGUUCUCAUAAUCACCGUCGAAGAACGCCACAUAGUCAAGUCAUACGUCAAAUCACAAGCCACCUCCGCCGUUGAUGAUGAUCGCAUCACUUUCGUUUACCUCCCUACUGUGGAUCCGCCCUCACCCGAUCAGUACACCGGAACUCUGGGCUACCUCUCUCUCUUCAUCGAGAAGCACAAGCCCCACGUCAGAAAUGUGAUCCUCGAUCUCAUGGAAGCUGGUUACUCUGACUCGAUGAGUGACUCAGUCCGAGUUGCUGGGUUGUUUGUUGACAUGUUUUGUACGUCCAUGAUUGAGGUCGCUCGCCAGCUCGGUGUUCCUUGCUAUCUUUACUUCGCUUCUCCGGCGAGUUUUCUGGGAUUUAUGCUGAAUUACCCAGCGCUAGAAGCCCAGCUGGCUACUGAGUUCGUUGACUCGGGUACUGAGUUGUUCGUCCCAAGAGACUCGUCAACUGAGUUCACGAUACCGAGUUUUGCCAACCCAUUACCUCAUUUCGUGCUACCUUCAUCUGUGUUGAGAAGAGGGCAAGGGCAAGAUGGGUAUUUAUGGUAUUUACGACAUGCACGUAAGUAUAAGGAAGUCAAUGGUAUUAUUGUAAAUACGUUUCAAGAACUUGAACCGUUUGCAAUCCGGUCAAUUUCUGGGAGUGGGACACCGCCGGUUUUUCCAAUUGGACCGGUUCUUGACCUUGUUGGACCGGUUCAGUGGUACCCAGACCGGACUCAUCAAGAAUAUAUCAUGAAAUGGCUUGAUGAUCAACCUCCAUCAUCGGUAGUGUUCUUGUGCUUUGGGAGCAUGGGAAGUCUUGGUGGACCCCAAGUCAAAGAGAUUGCGAUCGGGUUGGAGCGAACCCGGUUUCGGUUUUUAUGGUCAAUUCGUAAACCAUCUACGGGUAAAGUAGACCUUCCUGACGAGUACGCGAACAUCGAGGAGGUCUUACCCGACGGGUUUUUGGAUCGGACGGUUGGGAUUGGAUUAGUAUGUGGAUGGGUUCCACAAGUGACAAUUUUGGCUCAUCAAGCGAUCGGAGGGUUUGUCUCUCAUUGCGGAUGGAAUUCGGUGUUAGAGAGUCUUUGGUACGGCGUACCAAUCGCCACGUGGCCGCUUUACGCUGAGCAACAAAUGAAUGCAUUUGAGUUGGUGAAGGAAUUAGGAUUAGCGGUGGAGGUUAGAUUGGAUUCCAGGAAGGAGUUUACCAAUCUGGUGUCAGGGAAUGAAUUAGGGAGAGCGUUGAAACGCUUGAUGGACGGUGGUGAUGAGGCGAGGCGAAAGGUUAAAGAGAUGAAGGAGAAAGCUAGGAUGAGCGUGAUGGAAAAUGGAUCAUCAUACAAUUCAUUAGGAUCGUUGAUUCAGGAAUUGGUGGACCUACUGGUCAUCGAGCUUUUUAAGUAAUGAAAUGGACUUAGUCUUGGGUUGGGCUUACUUAAAGAACAGAAAUUGAAUUUCGGGCCGAAUAGUAAUAAACAAUGGCCCACACAUGAUGUAUCAAUGACUAGGGAAAAAAAUAUAGAAUAUCAAGGGGCACCAUGUCAUUUAUACGACCCACCAACGCAUUUGCACCACCUAUUAAUAUUUUCUUUUUUUCUGAAUAAUCUAUGUGGCAACAAUGUAUUGGUCGAUGGUAUGGGUACCCUGCAGUACUAUAGAUAUUUGUUAUGAUUGAAUGACAUAAUAUGUCGGGAUACUUUUUUGUUGAAAUUUAUGUUUUUAUAGUA